AUGUCGGAAACAGACACUCGCAGAUCAGUGCUUAUCACGGGAUGUUCCCCAGGUGGAAUCGGCAACGCCCUUGCGCGCGAGUUUCACCGAAAUGGACUGCGCGUCCUGGCCACCGCUCGCGAUGCAGCAACAAUCUCUGAUUUGGCAGAACUCGGCAUUGAAACCUUGAGCCUCACGGUUGAUGACCCGGAGAAUGUGAAAUCGUGUUUUGCGGAUGUUGAAAAGAGACUCGGAGAAAAGGGCCUCGAUUAUCUCGUUAAUAACGCUGGUCGGAAUUACACCGUCCCCGCGAUGGAAGUAGAGCUCACCGAGGUUCGCCAAACGUUCGAGACCAACCUUUUCGCGGUCAUUACUAUGUGCCAGACUUUCCUGCCCUUGCUUAUCAAGGCGAAGGGUACUAUUAUCAUUCCAUACGUAUUCGGCUCUGUCUACAAUGCCUCCAAAGCAGCACUGCAUGCGUUCAGUGACACGCUUCGCGUGGAGCUGGCUCCAUUUGGUGUCCAUGUCACCACCAUCGUUACCGGCGGUGUUCAAUCUCGUAUUGCACGUACUGAUCGUACUCUGAAACCGGAUUCCUUGUAUUCCCCUAUCGAGGCCGAAUAUCUUUGUGGUCUCUCAAGUAUUGUAUGGCUCAGCUCCAUGGCGCUGGUUGCCAUGGGCUCGUGGUCGUCAUCCCGAAAGCAAGUGAAAAAGAAAGCUGUUCUGUUCCCUAACAACUAUCUAAACGGGCUUCAUACCUCCGCCCUUCUACAAUUUCCCCCUCUCUCCUCUCCUAAUUCCAUCAUGUUCAAGCUUGCUCGCGGUAGACCCGUUGCGGCGGCUUUCAAGGCUGCGACACAACCUUCCAUCCAGAGCAGACUCGCUGUGCAGAAGCGAAACCUUUCCAUCCAUGAGUACCUCUCCGCCAGACUCCUGAAGACAUACGGUGUCGGUGUUCCCAAGGGUGAUGUCGCCAACACUGCUGAAGAGGCUGAGGCCAUUGCCAAGUCCAUCGGUGGUGGUGAUCUUGUUAUCAAGGCCCAGGUUCUCGCCGGUGGCCGUGGUAAGGGUCAAUUCGACAAUGGUCUCAAGGGUGGUGUCCGUGUGAUCUACUCUCCCACCGAGGCCAAGAUGUUUGCUGGCCAGAUGAUCGGUCACAAGCUCGUUACCAAGCAGACUGGCGCUGCUGGCCGUAUCUGUAACUCGGUCUACAUUUGCGAGCGCAAGUUCGCUCGCCGUGAAUUCUACCUCGCCGUCCUCCUUGACCGUACCACCCGUGGCCCCGUCAUCGUUUCCUCCUCCCAGGGUGGUAUGGAUAUCGAGGCUGUCGCCAAGGAGAGCCCCGAUGCCAUCAUCACCACUCCCAUUGAUAUUCACGUCGGUGUAACUGACGAGAUUGCCCGCACCAUUGCCACCGACCUUGGUUUCUCCGAGCAGUGCAUUGAGGAGGCCAAGACCACCAUCCAGAACCUCUACAAGUGCUUCAUGGAGCGCGAUGUUACCCAGCUUGAGAUCAACCCCCUGUCCGAGACUUCCGAUCACCAGGUUUUGGCCAUGGACGCCAAGCUUGGAUUCGAUGACAAUGCCGAGUUCCGUCAGAAGGAGGCUUUCUCGUGGCGCGAUGUUUCCCAGGAGGAUGCCGAUGAGGUCAAGGCCGCUGAGCACGGUCUCAACUUCAUCAAGCUCGAUGGUGACAUCGGCUGCCUCGUCAACGGUGCCGGUCUCGCCAUGGCCACCAUGGAUAUCAUCAAGCUCAACGGCGGUAGCCCCGCCAACUUCCUCGAUGUCGGCGGUGGUGCCACCCCCGCUGCCAUCAAGAGUGCCUUCGAGUUGAUCACCAGCGACCCCAAGGUGUCCGCCGUCUUCGUUAACAUCUUCGGUGGUAUCGUCCGCUGUGACGCUAUUGCCCAAGGUUUGAUCAACGUCGUGCAGGAGAUGAACCUGCGCACUCCUAUCAUUGCCCGUCUGCAGGGUACCAACAUGGAGCAGGCCCACAAGCUGAUCAACGAGUCCGGCCUUAAGAUCUUCUCCAUCGAGGACCUCCAGAACGCCGCCGAGAAGUCCGUCCAGUUCUCCAAGGUCGUUAAGAUGGCCCGCGACAUCGACGUUGGUGUUGAGUUCACCCUCGGCAUCUAA